GAGAGAGCGCGAGCGAGAGAAGAGAGGAGAAAGAGAGAGAGAGAGCAGAGAACGAGAGGAGAGCGAGGUGUAGAGAAACCGAGGGGGAGAGAACCCGAGUGUGUGUAUGCGUGUGCGUGUGUGAGCGCGAGCGAGCGAGUGAGGGAGAGGAGCGAGAGAGUGCGAGCGAGAAAGAAUAAAAGGAAAGAAGAUUUUCUCUAUGUAUAUAAAGAUGGCCACGUUAGCAAACGGACAGGCUGACAACGCGAGCCUCAGUACCAACGGGCUCGGCAGCAGCCCGGGCAGCGCCGGGCACAUGAACGGAUUAAACCACAGCCCGGGGAACCCGUCGACCAUUCCCAUGAAGGACCACGAUGCCAUCAAGCUGUUCAUUGGGCAGAUCCCCCGAAACCUGGAUGAGAAGGACCUCAAGCCCCUCUUCGAGGAGUUCGGCAAGAUCUACGAGCUUACGGUUCUGAAGGACAGGUUCACAGGCAUGCACAAAGGCUGCGCUUUCCUCACCUACUGCGAGCGUGAGUCAGCGCUGAAGGCCCAGAGCGCGCUGCACGAGCAGAAGACUCUGCCCGGGAUGAACCGGCCGAUCCAGGUGAAGCCCGCGGACAGCGAGAGCCGAGGAGGUAGUAGCUGCCUGCGCCAGCCCCCUUCACAAGAUAGAAAACUCUUCGUGGGCAUGCUCAAUAAGCAGCAGUCAGAAGACGACGUGCGCCGCCUCUUCGAGGCCUUCGGGAACAUAGAGGAAUGCACCAUCCUGCGCGGGCCAGACGGCAACAGCAAGGGGUGUGCCUUUGUGAAGUACUCCUCCCACGCCGAGGCACAAGCCGCCAUCAACGCUCUACACGGCAGCCAGACCAUGCCAGGAGCCUCGUCCAGUCUGGUGGUCAAGUUCGCAGACACUGACAAGGAACGCACGAUGCGGCGGAUGCAGCAGAUGGCUGGCCAGAUGGGCAUGUUCAACCCCAUGGCCAUCCCCUUCGGGGCCUACGGCGCCUAUGCUCAGGCACUGAUGCAGCAGCAAGCAGCCCUCAUGGCAUCAGUCGCACAGGGUGGCUACCUGAACCCCAUGGCUGCCUUCGCUGCCGCCCAGAUGCAGCAGAUGGCGGCCCUCAACAUGAAUGGCCUGGCAGCCGCGCCUAUGACCCCAACCUCAGGUGGCAGCACCCCUCCGGGCAUCACUGCACCAGCCGUGCCUAGCAUCCCAUCCCCUAUUGGGGUGAACGGUUUCACCGGCCUCCCCCCACAGGCCAAUGGGCAACCUGCUGCGGAAGCUGUGUUUGCCAAUGGCAUCCACCCCUACCCAGCACAGAGCCCCACCGCCGCGGACCCCCUGCAGCAGGCCUACGCGGGAGUGCAGCAGUAUGCAGGUCCAGCCGCCUACCCUGCUGCCUACGGUCAGAUAAGCCAGGCUUUUCCUCAGCCACCGCCAAUGAUUCCUCAGCAACAGAGAGAAGGGCCCGAGGGCUGUAACCUGUUCAUCUACCAUCUGCCCCAGGAGUUUGGGGACGCUGAGCUGAUGCAGAUGUUCCUCCCUUUCGGCCGGCACCCCGUGCCCUCCCGCUGCCAGGCCCCCUCCUGUCAGGGAGGACAGUGUCCAAUAAACUCCUCCACCCGCAGGCUUCGUGAGCUUCGACAACCCGGCCAGCGCGCAGACCGCCAUUCAGGCCAUGAACGGCUUCCAGAUCGGCAUGAAGAGGCUCAAGGUGCAGCUGAAGCGGCCCAAAGACGCCAAUCGCCCGUACUGAGCGCCGGUGGGAGCGUCCCCCGGGGGAGACCAGGACUCGCACAGGGCAGGAUGCUGAACGGGCUACAUUAAAAAACAAACCUCUCUCUCUCUCUAUUUAUAAUUGAGAACUGUUGGAUGACACCUUUGACAUAUCAGCCAAUAUCAAUCAAGCUGAAGACUCCAGACACUCUGUGACUGUAACAUUUCUUCAAGGAAAGUAUAACGUCUAUGGAGUUCAGAGGGACCGUGUUUGGGGGAAAAAUAUAUAUGACAUAAAGAAGAUGACAAUGAAGAAAAAUGAGGAAAAACAUACACACACAAAAACGGCAACUUUAAAACAAAAUAACAUGAGACCAGACGGGGAGGCUGAAGGGCUGGGCACUGGGAGAAGACGCUGCUGCUUACCGAUCCUGGGGCUUUUCCAGCCCAUGGGCGCCUGAGGCAGGCGGGGCAAGCGUGUGGCGUAGGGGCCUGGUCCCCAGGGGGCGGCUGGGAGGCCGCCACUGAGCAUCUCUAUCUGUCAUUCCUUUAGCUAUUUAGGGACCAAAGGACCAAACUUUUUAUUGCAGAUGUGUAGCUCUAUGUCGAAUAGAGGGGGAAUGGAGGACUACCUCCUUCCUGCCUCCCAGCUGUUCUUGAAACAGCUUAGAGCGAUUCUAUGAAAAAUGUAAUAAAAAAUACAAAAAAAUACAAAAAAAUACAAAAAAACUAAAAAACAAAAAAAAAGGAAAAAAUAAUGCUUCAAUGCUUUUAAAACAGCAAGAUAAUAGUUCUUUGAUACUUUGAGAGGCGCUUUGAUUACCCUCAUUGAAGUCUAUGAAACUUUCCUAUGGUUUUCUGUAUUAUAUGUCUGGAUGGAGCUGUUAAGAUGCACAGAUCGGUGGAUAUUUGGGGAAAGCAACAAAAGUAUGAAAACUUAUUAACCAUGAAGUGUGAGGAAACAAGGAGGGGAACAAAGGAUCUUCCAAGGCAAGGUAAUUGUUGUGAAAAGUCUGUAAAUGCUUCUAACUCUUCCCCCUCUUAAAAAUCAUAAUAGUUGUACAGAAUUUUAAAAAGGAAAAGUUUAAAAUACCUAUAUAAUAGAAGAAAAAAAUUAGAGGAAAGCAAAAAAUAAAAAAAGGAAAAAAAAAAAACUAUAGAAGUUAGCGUUACUGCUAAAAUCCCAGAUGUUGUAGGACUGUACUUU